AUGAAGCCCGUGGUAUCAGCAUUCAACGCAUGGACAUGCAUCGUCAUCUCCAUCUUUGGCAUCGUAAUCCUCAGCACAAUCGGGGGCAUGUUCGCCACAAACCACCACAGCAUGAUGGGCGCAAACGAUGACCCCGAAGAUGGAAAAGCCGUGGCUACGGCUGUUUUUGGCGCGGUGGUUGUAUACGCGGCUUUCCUCCUCUUCUGCGGGUGUCAAGCUAUGAUCCAUAAACGAGCAUCUCGUCAGGGCGAAAUCGCACUGCGGUAA